AAUAAUAUUCAAGCAUCAGAAGCUCUUAAAACUGAAAUUGAUGAUUUGAAGAAGAAGCAUGAUGAGGCUGCUUCAAAAGUUCUCCAGCUUGAAGAAGAUAUCAUGACUGUUACUCAAAAAGCCAUUGCAAAAGAAACUGAAUUAGACAGUCUGAAGGACAAACUGAAGAAAGUGCUGCUUGAGAAGGAGCAACUUGAAUGUGUGUUAAAGACAGAAAAGGAUGAAAAAGAACUUUAUAAGAUACACUUGAAGAAUACAGAAAUAGAAAACACCAAGCUAGUAAAAGAAAUCCAGACGUUUAAGAAUUUGGAUGCAAACAAAGAAAAUAUGAUAUCGUAUUAUAAAGAGGAGGUUGGCAGAUUACAGCUAUUUAUAGCUGAAAAAGAAAAUAUGAAGAAAGCUUUUUUGCUCUCCUCAUCAAACAAGGAGGAUGCAAGUAUUUUAAAAGAACAGCUUCGGAAAGCUGAAGAUCAAAUUCAGGCUAGCAAACAAGAAGCUGUCCUUAUGUCAAAAGAGCUGAGCGAUGCAGUAAACGUGCGAGAUAAGACGAUGGCAGAUCUUCACAGUGCACGUCUGGAAAAUGAAAAAUUGAAAAAGCAGCUUGCUGAUGCUUUAGCUGAACUUAAAAAGAUCACGACUUUGAAAAAUGAACAGGAAACUUCAAACACAGUAGAGCAGGAACUACGCAGAGAAGUUGAAGAUCUGAAGCUUCGUCUGCAAAUGGCUGCUGACCAUUACAAGGAAAAAUUCAAAGAAUGUCAAAAACUUCAAAAACAAGUAAACAAGUUUACAGAACAGGCAAAAAUUGCAGGGCAUCAACAGAAACUGACAGAUGCAUCUAACAGUGAGACAGCUACUGCCGUUGUUACAGACAAAAAGUUGUCUGCAUCUCCAGUUAGCCCCAUUUCAUCUGAUAUAGUUUCGGAAUUCAUGGUAAAGGAGCAAGUACGUGAAAUGAAUAAAGAAAUUGCAGAGAAAACAGAGAAGUAUAAGAAAUGCAAGCAAAUGUUGGCAGACGAGAAGAUGAAAUGCAGUGUUUAUGCUGAUGAACUGGCUAAACUGGAGCUGAAGUGGAAAGAACAAGUGAAAAUCAAUGAAAGUAUAAAAUUACAGCUAGCAGCAAUGGAGGAUCAGUAUAAAGUUCAGCUGGCAGAAAAAGAGAGACGAAUAAAGGAACUGGCAUCACAGUUGGAACUCUUUACCAGUGAGAAGGAACUUGGCAGGACACCAGGUAAUCAAGCUGGAAGGAUGAUGGAAGGGCAGGUUUCACAACAGAUACUACACUUUCGCAACCCGUAUUCAGAGGAAAACGGACCAGUGCCUGCAGUGCCGAAUAGACUACCGGUAUUGCAAUAUGGAAACCCUUAUGCAAUUCAGGAAAGAAGAGAUGGAGCAGAUGGCGCUUUUAAUCCUGAUGAGAUCCAAAGACCACCUGUUAGAACUUCCUUUUGGGACCUAGAAGAUGAUGUAGUGUGUAGUCAGCCUUCACGCAAUCUUAGUCGACCUGAUGGUUUAGAAGAUCCCGAGGAUAGCAAUGACGAUGACAACACUGUACCUUCUGCUCCUGAUCCUCCAAGUCUUCUCUUGCACGAACGUGGAACAGGUUUCUGCUUUGAUUCCAGCUUCGAUGUGCACAAGAAGUGCCCUCUCUGCGAUGUGAUGUUUCCACCUAACUAUGACCAGAGCAAGUUUGAGGAGCACGUGGAGAGCCACUGGAAGGUGUGCCCCAUGUGCAGUGAGCAGUUUCCGCCUGACUACGAUCAGCAAGGGUUUGAGAGGCACGUUCAGACGCACUUUGAUCAGAACGUAUUAAAUUUUGAUUAAAAUCACUUUGUUUGCAGUGUAGCUUAAAAAAAAACAAACAACCCUAACUUUGAGUAGUCCACCUACGGAACAAAAACAGCGCAGCUUUUCUGUAACAGCGCAAACUUCUGCCUGAAAGCUGAUGUACUCUCAUGGGAGCCAUGAUGAAUUGUGGCUGUAAGCUGCUAUUGGGUUAUCUUCCAACAUUAUACUAAACUCCCCCACAACACCCCACCUUGUUGUGUGUGUAGCUAUUUAUUCCUCUACUCAGUGGAAUUUGUAAGGACAUGGGAAUGACUUAGCCUCAGAAAAAGAGAGACCAGUUUCAUGAUGCUCUUCAGCUGCUUCACAAAAGCCACCAAACCCCCUGGGGUUUCUCUUGCCCAUGACACCUGAGGCGUGAUUAAAAAUGUAAUAACCAGAUGUUUCUCCUAGCAAAUGUAUGUAGUUUUUCUUUGAGUAACAGUUAAAUCAAAAAGUUACAUAACUUACCCUACAAAAAUAUAGUUUUCUAGUACACUUCUGAAAUGUAGCUGCAUGUACUGUGAGAUUACAUGCUUGCAACAAAAGUAAUGGCAAACACUUCAGUUUUACAUAUAGAAUGUUUGCCGUAAGGGAUAAUGUUAAAUUAAGUACGUUAUACCUUAAGGCAGUAUUUUGGAGUUGAAUGAAACUGCUGUGCUUAAAUGCCUAAAAGUAAUUGUUCAGAAAAAUCAUUGCUGUUAUGUUGCAGUUGCAUUCAGUAGAAAAUAUCAUUCUAUUUUCACAACAGUGAAUUGUGUUCCUUUUGGCUUCGGGCUUUUAAAACCUUCUGCAUUUUAACUUUAUGUAUUUCUUUCCGGUAAGUAAAAACAUGUGUGUAUAUCUAAACAUUUUAUAUUUACUUUAACUGUAUUAAGUAUAUUUGCUUUCCACUUGUUGUACAGUAGUCUUGUUACAUUAAAAGCAAAAUUAUUCAUGGA